AUGUUUAGGUUCUCCUUUUUUUUUAAUCUCAUCUGCCUGUACUUGGCCAUCAAAAGUGCUCUCAGUGUAGAAGUUGAUUCAAAUGAUACAAAGUAUGCCGACCUGCGGACAACAGGACGCGAGCCAGCGGAUGGUGCAUCAGAUUCGGACAGCUCACUGCGACGGGACGAUACGGGCGAAGGGCUAAACAAACGGGCUGCUGCCAUGUGGUUCGGACCGCGUCUCGGCAAACGAACCAUUGCAACGGAUCUGCACGACGAUCUGGUGGAAGAGUUCGACAGUGAACCGUUAGGCUAUGCUGGUGAACCACCGCAAAAGUUGGCGGCCGAGCUCGUGCAGGGCGCACCGUACCUGGUGCUGCUGCUGACCGCAAAAGCUAGCAAACCACAGCCAGUAUUCUUUCACACCACCUCGCCACGCCUCGGACGGCGUGAUUCGGUUGGGGAAAAUCAUCAGCGGCCACCGUUUGCACCGCGGCUCGGACGAAAUUUGCCCUUCUCGCCACGGCUAGGCCGAGCGUACAAUGGUGGCUAUCCGUUGCCGUUCCAGUUUGCGUACUGA